GACACGGUUUUUUCUUUUUUCAUGAACAAAACCUGUUUUUCUCAUAGAAACGCAACCAAACAUCCAAAAUUACGCACCUGCCAUUUUCUUCUUCUCUUCAAUGCUCAAUCUGCGACACUUCCAGAGGUUGAUACACCCACCGAAAAAUGCUGAUUUUCAUCAACCGUGGCAUAAGCUUCAGUUAUAGAUUUUAAUCGAACAGUUUGGUUCAGUGUAAGAUAUGAUAAUGGAGGUGGAUUUUGUUACGGGUGGCUUAUUGGAAGAAGAGAGUAUUGAAGUUGAGGAGAACAAUGAUAAUUCUAAUUUUGAGGGCGAAAGAUGUGGGAUAUGUAUGGACAUUAUCAUUGACAGGGGGGUUCUUGAUUGCUGCCAACACUGGUUCUGUUUUGGUUGCAUUGACAAUUGGGCAACAAUUACAAACCUUUGCCCUCUUUGCCAGAAUGAGUUUCAAUUGAUCACAUGUGUUCCAGUGUAUGAUAUCAUUGGAAACAAUAAGGUUGAUGAUGAUUCAUUUUCCAGGGAUGAUGAGUGGUGUAUUGAAGGGAAGAAUAACACUCUCUCUUUUCCAUCAUACUACAUUGAUGAAAAUGCAGUUAUCUGCUUGGAUGGAGAUGGGUGCAAAAUUCGAAGUGGAUCAACAACAAUUGAGGAUGAUUCUAAUUUGGAUACCUCAAUUGCAUGUGAUUCUUGUGACAUUUGGUACCAUGCCUUUUGUGUAGGCUUUGAUCCUGAAAGUACAUCCGAGGAUACAUGGCUAUGCCCAAGAUGUGUGGUUGGUGAAGUACCACAUAAAACUGAUGCAACUCCUAUACAGAGGCCAAAUAACCUAUCUGGUCAAAGUUCUCAUACUGACUGUUUGGCCAAUGCUUCUUUUUCUGGGAAGCUGUCUGUGUCUGUUGCUGAUGCCGGGGAGACUGCUGUUGUUGUCUCAAUGGUGGAAGGAAAUAAAAGGACAGAAGAGGAAGGUGAGAACUUUCACCCAGCCCCAGAAGUUGACAAGGAUCUGAAAGUUGAUGCAGCUGAUUGCCAUAGUAUUAAGGCAGAAACACCUUCUGGUGAAAAGACUGAUGGUCAACCAAUCUUGGAGGGAAAGGGACUUGAACUGUCCUUAUCAUGUGAUACUUCCUUCAGACUGCCUUCUACUUCCUUCGAGCUUUGUACAAGUGCUGAUAGUAUCAAGAAUCAACCAAAUAACUCUGAUAGUGUUAAAGAUUGUUUGAGCAAGUUGCUCAAUGACCGCGAUGCUGGAAAUGAUCUGUCCCAAAAUGAAGGCAGUAUAGGUCUUCAUCUUGGUUUAUCUGUCAGCUCUUUUCUGUCUGCUGAUCAUGCAAAGAGUGAUGGAACUGAAGAUCAAGGGACUGAGGAUGUACAUCAGCAAAGCCUUUCAGAAGAUACUUCAUUAAAAGAUGAGAAGAUUCUACUUGAUGCUAAUGAGGAGGCUGUCAAAAUGAUUGGAUUAAAAAGAAAGCCUACAAAUUGCAGUGAUGGUGCUCUUAAGACUGCUGUUGACGAGGAAGAUGAUGCUAAGAAGGAAAUUUCAACUUUUGGAAAGAAAUUUAGGACCAAGGGCAAGUUUCAAAUGACUCCUCAGGAUCAAACUGAUGAAUUUGUUCCCGAUGAUUCGGCUAGAUGUCCUGUCCAGAGAGCAGUUUCCAAAGAUGUCAAAUCAAAGAAACCUUCAGAUAAGGAAGAUGUGCCUUCUGAUAUAAUGAACAUAGUUCAGGGGAUUAGUCGUAGAACUUCUAAAGGGCUUGCAAACCAGAGCCAGGCUGAUAAGUCUUCAAGAGAAAAAGAAAAUGCAGCCGGCUUGAGAGUCAAAAAGAUCAUGAGGAGAGCUACAGAAGACAAUGAAUCAUCUGUUGUUGUUCAAAAACUUAGAACAGAAAUAAGAGAAGCUGUGCGUAAUAAUGCAGAUAUUGGGGAACACCUUUUUGAUCCAAAGCUUCUUACUGCAUUCCGUACUGCCGUAGCAGAACGUACAACUGAAGUUGUUGAGAAAUUACCCCCUUCUGCUCUGAAGGCAAAGAAGUCUAUACUGCAGAAAGGUAAAAUUCGUGAGAAUCUGACCAAGAAAAUAUAUGGAAAUUCUAAUGGUAGGCGAAGACGUGCAUGGGAUCGGGACUGUGAAGUUGAAUUUUGGAAGCAUCGCUGCACAAAGCCCGAAAAGAUUGCAACUUUGAAGUCAGUUCUUAACCUCCUGAGAAAGAACCCAGAAGGCUCAGAAAUGGAGCAUGUGUCCGAGAGUCGGGCAACAAAUCCCAUUCUCUCCAGAUUGUAUUUAGCAGAUACAUCUGUUUUUCCAAGAAAGGACAAUAUAAAACCUCUCUCAGCUCUUACAGUUACAAAUAAUUCUGAACAGAAUAAAGGACAGCUCAAUUCAAUGGAAAAAGGUCAGAAUCCAUCUCUUGAUGAUUGUUCACAUAAAAGAAAAGAAGCAAAUAAAGUUUCUUCAAAGUUUGCUGUUCCUUCAGUUCAUGAUAAUGGGUCUAAGGAUAAAGUUCCAAAUUCAAAGGGUAAAGCUGCUUCUAGCAAACCACAUCCAAACAAAGCCCCACAGGGAAGCUUGCGGGCUUGUUUAGGUGGUUCUAAAGUCAAUUCACAUAAGGGAACAGAUGUUCAAUCUGAUGAUAAAAAAAUUGACAAAAGAAAAUGGGCUAUGGAGGUACUUGCAAGAAAAAAGGCUGCUUCACUUACGAAUACAAUGCAAGGAGAACAAGAAGACAAUGCUAUACUUAAAGGAAAUUACCCCUUACUAGCUCAACUCCCAAUAAACAUGAGACCAGUAUUGGCACCCAGUCGCCAUAAUAAAAUUCCCAUAUCAGUUAGGCAGACACAGCUUUAUCGUCUGGCGGAGCACUUCUUGAGGAAAGUAAAUCUGCCAGAGAUUUGCAGAACAGCAGAAACGGAGUUGGCUGUUGCAGAUGCAAUUAAUAUUGAGAAAGAGGUUGCUGAUAAGUCAAACAGCAAAUUAGUAUAUUUGAACCUUUGUUCCCAGGAAAUAUUGCAUCGAUCAGAUACCACAGAAUCUAGUAGAGCCAAGGAGUCAAAUUGUUCACCCAUGUUAGUACAGCCUAUUGAUCAAUCAGAACAAACUGGUGACAAACUUCCGACUGAUCCUGAAGUUAGGGAUGCAUUGAAAAAUGCUGGGCUUUUGUCUGAUUCUCCUCCAAGUAGUCCAUGCCAUAACAAGGAGGCAUUUACUGAAGUUGCUGAUUCCCCAAUGCAAAAUGAAGAAGAAGGGCCAGAUAACAUAUUUGAAAUAGAUUCUCACCCAGAGGUGGAUAUUUACGGCGAUUUUGAAUAUGAUUUGGAAGAUGAAGACUAUAUUGGUGCUGCUGCUAUGAAAGCCCCAAAGCUACCUCCAGAAGAAGGUGAAUCAAGGGUGAAAGUUGUCUUCUCCACUCUUAAAUCUGAAAGGUUGAACGAGGAUCAAAAUAUGGUAAAUCAUAAAGAGUUGGCAGAAACCAAAGAAUCCAAGCAUUCUCCCUCCUUACUGAAGGGUCAUAAUGAAAUGGGCACCAUUAGUUCCCUGACAGAGGAUGGAACUGAUAAAUCUUGUGCUCCUCCAGAGCUUGUGCCCAAUGAAGAAGGUGAAGAACUUUCUCUCGCAGAGUGUGAAGAACUAUAUGGCCCAGACAAGGAACCACUAAUACAAAAAUUUUCAGAAGAGACCUCGGGAGAACUAUAUGGGUUGGUUGAUCCUGAAGGUCAAGCUGAGACAAAAGUUCCAAGCCAAGUUAAGCAUACAAUUGUUACCUCCAUUAGUCAAAACUCCUGUGAUGGAGAAAAUUCAUCCAACCAAUCCAGAACAAGUGAAAAUAUUCCAAAGAAUGAUAAAUCUAAAAUUGACAAUAACCAACAGAGUAAUGCUGUCAAUUCUGUUUCAAAGAAGGUUGAAACCUACAUCAAAGAGCACAUCAGGCCAUUGUGUAAAAGUGGCAUAAUCACUGUUGAACAAUACAGGUGGGCUGUUGCAAAAACUACUGAUAAAGUUAUGAAAUACCAUCUAAAUGCAAAGAAUGCAAAUUUCCUAAUCAAGGAAGGUGAGAAAGUGAAGAAACUUGCUGAACAGUACAUAGAAUCUGCACAGCAAAAGGAAAAAAGUGAUCUGCUAUGACUAGUAAAUCAAUCAGUCUCUAAUUUGUUGUUUCCUUUGUCCUUCAAAGCUGCUGCUAUGCUAAAAUGAUCACAGCAUACAACCCGACUCAUAAAUUCUGCCACUGUACACAUCCGAAAUAUGAAGUCUUGAUCAAAACUUGAUACCUGAGUCUUACCUCCAUGUAUAUCAUGUGAUACGUCAUUAGAAGCGAUGGCCUUGCAACACGAUGUAUGCUGAGCUGCUUGUGUCUAGCCAGCAGAAGGAAAGGAAGUGUAAUUUGUUUUAGUUGAACCCAGUAGAAUCAACAGAAUGAGAUCUACUGGGUGUUAUGAAACUGAGCGUGCAUGAAUGGAUGUUUCCUUUGUAUUUCUGAUGGCUCCCAUUGCAAGAACCUCGAAACCAAAGGAAGCCAAUCUUGCAUGUUACUAGCAGCAGAAUGAAACAACAGUUACCAUUAAAAACAAGCUGCAGAAUUUAGACUCGAGAACAAAUAUGUACAGAAGAAAGGGCGAGUCAUGUACCAAUUUGAAUCCAAAUGAAGAGUAAUUCGGAUA